CUGGGAGCGUGGGGCUAUUUUCGAUGGAGUGUUUAACUGUUCACAAUGGCUGCUGACCUUCACAUAUUUUUCAGCUACCUGUCUUGCUACCCUGACUUGAUAAGAGCCACAUCAGAUGAUGCCAGUCCAACACCUGGGUACCUUCUACACAAAAUAUCAGAGGUGACCCUCACCUCGCCUGCCCAGACGCCAAAGUUGGUAGACUUCAUGGUGGUCCGUCUGCAGAACACGUCCUCACCGACUGCCAAACUGAAGACCCUCCGUCUGAUGCUGUACUGCGCGCGCUACGGCGGCCCCGAGUUCCGCCGGCUGCUGCGGUCACGUGACGGUGACGUCACGGCGGCCAGCGCGGCGUGCGGCCCGGCCGACCCGGUGCUGGGUGCGACGCCGCAGCUGUGGGUCCGCUCCACCUCUCAGGAGCUGCUGGCGCUGCUCUUCUCGUCGGCUGACGAGGCGGUGGCGUCCGGCUCUCAGCCCGCGUGCGGCAGCUGA